GAAUGCGACCAGGAAUCCAGUGAAAGCAGCAAGCCGUGGUCCAGAAGUUAUGCCGGCAGCUCGCAUAGACGUUUGAUUGGCAGAGUAACGGAUUGAUGUAGCUGCCUAAUACGUCAACAGAAAGUUUUGGAGGAAAAGUUAGCUAGCAAGCUAAAUAGCUGUGAUACUUAAGUUUCUUCAUCCCCCCUCAGCUGCAAACGUUGCGAUGGCGUCUCUUGGUAGCUCGGGCUCCGCUUCCAGUCCGAUGGUUAUUUUGGCUCCUAAAACCAAGACCAAGAAAAAACAUUUCGUGCAGCAGAAGGUGGAGGUGUUCCGUGCCAGUGAUCCUGUUCUGAGUGUCCUUAUGUGGGGAGUUAACCACUCGAUCAAUGACCUAAGCCAGGUGCCUGUUCCCGUCAUGUUGCUCCCUGAUGACUUCAAAGCCAACACCAAGAUUAAAGUCAGUAACCAUCUCUUCAACAAAGAGAAUCUGCCAGGACAUUUCAAGUUUAAGGAGUACUGCCCGCAGGUGUUCCGCAACCUCCGAGAACGCUUCGGAAUCGAGGAUCUGGAUUACCAGGUGUCUCUGGCCCGAAGCCCCCCUGUGAGGGGAGGGGAGGGGCAAGAGGAGGGGCUUCUGCUGACCUCGUAUGACCGCACACUGGUGGUCAAGCAGAUCUCCAGCGAGGAGGUGGAAGACAUGCACAACAUCCUGUCCGAAUACCACCAGCACAUUGUGACAUGCCAUGGCAGCACACUGCUCCCGCAGUUCCUGGGCAUGUACCGCGUGAGUGUGGACAGCGAGGACACUUACCUCAUCAUUAUGAGGAACAUGUUCAGCCACAGGCUGGUGGUGCACACCAAGUACGACCUCAAGGGGUCCCUUGUGUCCCGUGAAGCAAGCGACAAAGAAAAGGUGAAAGAGCUGCCCACUUAUAAGGACGUCGAUUUCAGGAAUAACAUGCAGAAGGUGUACGUGACCGAGGAGGACAAGGAGAAGAUCAUGGAGCGGCUGAACAGAGACGUGGAGUUCCUGGUCCAGCAAAGGAUCAUGGACUACAGCCUGCUGCUGGGGAUCCACGAUUUGGAGCGGGCAGAGCACGAGGAGGAGGAGCUGGAGGAAGAGUCUGUGGAGGAGGAGGGGGAGCCCGAGAAUGGCCUGGCACCCGCUCCCUUGGUGGGCUCCUACAGCACGUCUCCUGAGGGCAUCGCUGGAUACUUCAGCUCCCACAAGCCCCUGGGGCCCGGGGAGUUUGAUCCCUAUGUGGACAUGUAUGCCGUGAAGAGCGCACCUGGUGCCCCCCGGAGGGAAGUGUACUUCAUGGGUCUGAUUGACGUGCUGACACAAUACGACACGAAGAAGAGGGCGGCCCACGCAGCCAAGACGGUCAAGCACGGGGCCGGCGCGGAGAUCUCCACCGUUAACCCAGAGCAGUACGCCAAGCGAUUUCGUGACUUCAUUGCAACCAUCUUCGCCUGAGCUCCCAUAACCCCCUGUGCUGCACCGACCAUGACUGUCCCUGUUUCUCCCAGAAACCCUGUAGUCUCCUCCUGCCAUUGCAAUCUAUUUUUUGGAUAUACAUGUAUGAAGCAAUAAUUGUUCUAAAAAAUGCAGAAAUUCAAAGCAAGGUACUUGGGCAGGAUCAAUGUUUAGGAGCUGCUUUUAUGUUGCUGUUUAUGUUAAAUAUUACACAGUUGUAUUUAUUGCUAAAGCCAUGAAAUAAUCACACAGUAACAAAUGUCAUUUGAUCUGGCUGUAAACGGUCAUAGUUUGGCAAGGUUGAUUGCACAUAUUCUUAAAAUCAUGCAUUUAAUUAAACCAUUUGAUUUAAUGCAACCUGCUAAUCAGAAUCCCAAUUCGCUUAUGUCACGCUGCAGCGAGAACGAGGCAGAGGUGGUAGCUGUGACGUCACGUUCUGUUACAUUUCAUAGAGUACAAUGCAACCGUACAGUUUCAGUGUCAACAACGUAAAGAUGGCUUGGACAACGAGCCUUGAGUCUCUACCAUCAUUCACAAUGACUGAUGUUGAGAAGUGGGCUGAAGAAGGGAAUCGUAUCCCAAGAUCAGUAUUACUGAAAGGUUACAGCAACUGGAUAGAGGGCUACAUCACUGAUAUAGAAUGUAAGUAAACAAUCGGUGCGCUAGCUUAGCAAACGUCAAAAUACUGGAAGCGUGAAGAGCUAACUUCAGUCUUGGCCUAAUAUAUACUUCUCACUAAAGUGAAGACAUGAAAUAUGAUGUAGGCCUAUGUUUUAUGUAACAUUACAUUGUGUUUUAAUGUGUUUGUGACAAGGUUAUAGUUCACAGGUUUUUUUUUUUUCGGGUGACACCAUGAAAACACAGUUGGCACACUCCCACUCUUAAAUUUCUUUAAACCGGUGAGCGACCUGACUCUACAGUCAUCAGCAAAGUGUUUGGAGCACACUCUUGUGUUGUCUGUAAUCUGAGAUGAGAGAUGUAUUAUCAGUAUUAGCACGUAAAAUAGUUCACUUUAUUUUAUUAAUUUACUUGCAAAGGUAACUUUCCACGUUAGCUAACAUUAUAACUAACUUUGCUGCACUCGAUGAUGCUUCGACAUCUAUCGACCCCACACAUUAGCCAACACUGAAAGUUAACGCUAGCUUAUCUCGUUGCAUUACUUCAUAGUUAUCUGAAAAUAUGGUCCAACAUCACGCCUUAUUUUGACAAUCCACUGCCGAUGGGUGUCCUUGUCUUUUGGAAAACGAUAAAAAGACAGCUCUGGAUUGCGUCUUUGGUAAGAAUGGCAGCCUGGCACACAGCAGUAAGCCAUGGCUUGUCAAUCACUCAAUUCACUCACUGCAACUUUCCGAUGAACUUCCUUGUUCCUACAACCUCAGCCUCGUUUUCGCGCAUAAAAUAUUCAAAAUGGUGGCCACGUGACACAAGCGAAUUGGACCAAUCAGAUGACUUCAUGGGGGCUCUUGGAACAUGGGAGGCCUUAAUGACUCCACUGAGUUAGGCUGCAUCUGAAUACUCAUACUUCCAUACUAUAUAGUACGCAAAAAGCAGUACGUCACAAUCUGUAGGGUGUCUGAAUACCUAGUAGGCAUUUAAUAGUAGGUACCCGGAUGACCUACUACAUCAGAAGUAUGCGAACAUACUACACUACGCUAUCCCAUAAGUCAGCUGGAGCCCGAAUAACCGAAGAAGAAUUCCCCAGGGGAAAAGAGAAAGAAGACGGCGGUGUAGUCAGCUUGGUUAAGCUAACAAAUCAAUUGGCUGGUUAUGUAACAUUAGGUUUUCGUUUUACCUCAGGUUGACAGUCAGCUAAGUAAAGCAGACUGAUUUUUAAAGCAUGUAAACAUUUAAACAUCCGGGUCAAAGGACAGAUAAGAUGGCGGCGGAGUACGUCCGAAUUGUGUCCUUACUACUCACUCACAUACUCAUAGAACAUACUGCAGUAACGGUUGGGUAGUACGUUCUUAACCGACGUUAGUGCAUACUGAGUAUUUGGAUGCAGCUUUACUGUCUGGAGCGGUCAUUGUGACAUCAUCAAAAGUGGAGUGGACAGGGGUGUCUCAAGCUGUAGUGGCAUGGUUGACUGGAUGUUCCUUUCUCUGUCUCACCGCACAUGAGUGCAAUGUAAACAGUGAGGGGAAAAUCCUAUCCUGAGAAUGUAGUCUUCUCAGCACGAUGCUCUUAGGUUGUUUUGACUAUCAACUGUUUAAAAAUGUACAGGCAACAGGUUAUUAGAGUUUCACUGCUGUCUCCUGCCAAGGAAGAGACUGGCCAUUUGCGAAUGAUCCUGUUUAACUAGUAGCAUAUAAGCGAUGAAGGAUUUUAUAGCAUGUAAACAUAGACAUGAAGAACAAAGUAGACCAAAUAUGCCUUACAAUUGUUGUGCAAUAAUCAAUGGUUGGACCAAAUAUAUUUUAUGUUUCUGAAAUCUCCUGGAAAAAAUUUGGUGUCAUUUCUUUCUGCAAUUUUUCAUUUCAUCACAUGUAAAAGACAUGAUGGAAUGGAAAAUGCUAAGAUUACCUGGUCAGCGACUCCUGAUUUUGUUUUUGGCAUGCAGUAAGCAUGGUGGAGAGGAAAGGAAAUGUAGGUGUCAGUCAAUGUUUUUGAUCACAAGUGUUGAGGUGGCAAAGAACUUCAGAUCACAUAGUGAUGUUCCACAAGAAAACAAAA